AGAAAGAUUCAGCAAAUACUUGACCAAGAGUAAUGGUGUCCUAUAUGAUGUUUCAUGGCACACAAGAUCAUAUAUAAUUUGGAGAUUUUUGAGUAAUCCCUUAAAUAAAAAAGAAUGGAUCUAACUAGGGACGAAGCUAAGGGAGAUGAAAAACACCAUGAAAAGAUUAUGCAGGCAGCUCAAACACAUUUAGUUGUUGCCACUCUAAUAAUGACAGUGACUUUCACAGCUGGUUUCACAUUGCCAGGAGGUUUUGAGAGCAAUACCAAUAGCCCUAAUACAGGGAUGGCGAUUCUUUUAAGGAGAACAGCGUUUCAUGCAUUUUUUGUUACGGAUGCCAUCGCCUUUACAUCUUCAGCUGCUGCUGUUUUUACUUACUUUGCUAUGGCAGCAAGUGUAAUAUCUGUAACAAAAUUGAGUGUUGUGAUGCGACUUUAUAAGAUCGCAGCAUUUUUGCAGCUUUUGGCAAUGUCAGCCGUUGUAAUUGCAUUUCUUACUGGUAUGUAUGCUACUUUAGCACAUUCAGUUGGUCUUGCUGUUACUGUCUGUGUCAUCAGUUGUACCUUUUUCAUUAUGUUCUUGUUGGUUACUUAUGUUCUUGGAAGCAGGGGAUAGAGUAUAUGUACUUGUG